AUGAAGACGAAAGAGAACGAUAUCUUCUCCUUCAACCACUCUCAUCAGACUAUCAAAAUAAAAUGGGCCAAAUCGUUCACCGGUUCGAAAAAUCCUCUGCCUGAGUCAGAAGAGGCAGAGCAAAACCAGUACCAGAAAAUCUUGUAUCCUCCCAACAAGUCUCUCGCUCUUUGGUUCAGGCUUCGUCUUGGGUCCUCUUCUCGAUGGUCUCCUCACGUGUCGAUCUCGUGGUUUACAAAACCAGAGCUAUUCAAAUCGGUCCUCUUCACACCAACAUCUGGGUAACUUGUUCCUCAAGAACCCAUCGUGACUUUUGAAAUCAUUUCACAAAACAUUCUUAUGCAGCUUUUAAAGGCUAUAUUAUAUCUUCAUGUGAGGCUGACCUUAAAGAUCAG